AUGUCUCCGCCGAAGAAAACAAUCCCACGCCUCGUCUAUGACCAGCGUAAAUGCCGCAGGAUGGUGUCCCCAGAAGCGGCGGUGAUCCCGGAAGGGUUUCAUAUGUGUUUCAUCCACCAUUUCUCUCACUUUGCUGUUUUGGCUGUGAGACACUGCAGCUCCCAAAUUUUGAGAAGUUACCAAUUCGCCUGUUCUCUUGCAGCAAUGGCAGAGACCUUCGCCUUCAAUGCUGACAUCCAGCAGUUGAUGAGCUUGAUUAUCAAUACGUUCUACUCCAACAAGGAGAUCUUCUUGCGAGAGUUGAUCUCCAACGCCUCGGACGCCUUGGACAAGAUCCGUUAUGAGUCCAUCACCGACCCUGACAAGAUCGAGGCCCAGCCGAAUUUCUUCAUCAAGAUCGUGCCGGACAAGACGAACUCGACCCUGACCAUCGAGGACUCUGGCAUCGGCAUGACCAAAAACGAACUCAUUAACAACUUGGGCACCAUUGCUAAGUCAGGCACCAAAGCUUUUAUGGAGGCCAUGGCCGCUGGGGGUGACAUCUCCAUGAUUGGCCAGUUUGGUGUUGGUUUCUACAGCGCAUACCUUGUGUCGGACAAGGUUCGUGUGGUUAGCAAACACAAUGACGACGAGCAGUACAUUUGGGAAUCUGGAGCAGGUGGCUCCUUCACUGUGCAGAAGGACACCGAGCUUGUGCAUGGUGAGAUCAAGCGCGGUACGAAAAUCAUUUGCUACCUCAAAGAGGACCAAUCCGAGUUCUUGGAGGAGCGCCGCCUGAAGGACUUGGUGAAGAAGCACUCCGAGUUUAUCGGCUUCCCAAUUGAGCUCUAUGUCGAGAAGAGCAAGGAGAAGGAGGUCACCGACAGCGAGGAUGAGGGUGAAGAGGAGAAGAAGGAAGAAGGUGACGAGCCCAAGAUCGAGGAGGUCGAUGAGGAGAAGGAGAAGGAGGAGAAGAAGAAGAAAACGAAGAAGGUGAAGGAGGUGUCCCAUGAGUGGGAGCAGCUCAACAAGAACAAGCCCUUGUGGAUGCGUAAGUCUGAGGAUGUGACCAACGAAGAGUAUGCAAGCUUCUACAAGUCUUUGUCCAACGACUGGGAGGAUCAUUUGGCUGUUAAGCACUUCAGCGUUGAAGGCCAACUGGAGUUCCGUGCGCUGCUGUUUGUGCCUCGCCGGGCUCCUUUCGACCUCUUUGAGACUAAGAAGAAGCGCAACAACAUCAAGCUCUACGUGCGCCGUGUUUUCAUCAUGGAUGACUGCGAGGAGUUGAUGCCAGAGUGGCUGAACUUCGUGAAGGGUGUUGUGGACUCUGAGGACGACUACAAGAAGUUCUACGAGCAGUUCGGCAAGUGCCUCAAGCUUGGAGUGCAUGAAGACUCCACCAACCGAACGAAGGUAGCUGAACUCCUUCGCUACCACACCUCCAAGUCUGGCGAUGAGCAGAUCAGCCUCAAGGAGUAUGUGGACCGCAUGAAGGAGGGACAGAAUGACAUCUACUACAUCACAGGUGAGAGCAUUGCAGCAGUGUCUUCCUCACCCUUCCUCGAGACCUUGCGCAAGAAGGGCAUUGAGGUGCUGUACAUGAUUGACCCCAUCGACGAGUAUGCCACCCAGCAGCUCAAGGAGUUCGACGGCAAGAAAUUGAAGAGUACGACUAAGGAGGGUCUUGACAUUGAUGAUGAGGACGAAAAGAAGAAGAUUGAGGAGCUGAAGGCUGAGUUUGAGCCGCUGACAAAGCUCAUGAAGGAAGUCUUGGGAGACAAGGUGGAGAAGGUCAUCAUUUCUUCCCGCAUGGCCGACUCCCCUUGCGUGUUGACAACCUCUGAGUAUGGCUGGUCAGCCAACAUGGAGCGCAUCAUGAAGGCACAGGCUCUUCGCGACAGCUCCAUGACCUCCUACAUGGUCUCUAAGAAGACCAUGGAAGUGAAUCCCAAGCACUCCAUCAUGGCUGAGUUGAAGAAGAAGGCAGCCGCAGACAAGUCCGACAAGACUGUCAAGGAUUUGAUUUGGUUGCUCUUCGAUACUUCGCUUUUGACAUCUGGUUUCAACCUGGAUGAGCCCACCCAGUUCGCCGGCCGCAUUCACCGCAUGAUCAAGCUCGGCCUGAGCAUCGACGACGAUGAUGAGGGCUUGGGCGAUGACGAUGACCUGCCCCCUCUGGAGGAAGUGGAGGGUGCUGCGGAUGAGGCCUCCAAGAUGGAGGAAGUGGACUAG